ACAUGUAUUUGGUAAUAGUUGUAUUUCACUCCUUGUGGUAAAAGUAGACCUCCCUUUUAUCCAACGCUACCGUCCGACGUCCGUCAACCACCACCGCCAUAGCCAACCAACCAUUGAGUUUCUGUAAAUCAAGCGAAGAACAGGAGAUGCCGGAAUCUGAACCAGAUAAUCGGUUUCUGAUAGGUUACGCCUUACCUGCAAGAAAAUUGGGUUCUUUCAUGGUACCAACCUUCAUCAACCAAGCGAAAGAUCGAGGGAUUGAUUUCGUCGCCAUUGACGUCAGCAAACCACUCACCGAUCAAUCUCCGUUUCAUUGCAUCGUUCACAAGCUCUACACCGAUGAUUGGAAGCUUAAUCUCCAUGAUUUCACCGUCAGCAACCCCAACACCGUCAUCAUCGAUCCACCUUCCGCGAUUGAACGCCUUCAAAACCGGAUCUCUAUGCUCGAAUUCGUCACCGAACUCAAAAUACCCAACUUAAGCAUCCCCAAUCAGCUUCUCGUUGAAGAUUCCUCGUCGUUGUCGUCUGUAAUCGCUACCGGUAAAUUGAAUUUCCCGAUGAUUGCGAAACCGGUUGUCGUCGAUGGGAGUGCCAAAUCACACAAGAUGUCACUGGUUUUGAAUGUGGAAGGGUUAACCAAAGGGUUGGAUCUGGAGUCACCGGUGGUCUUGCAGCAGUUUGUGAACCACGGUGGCGUUAUAUUCAAGGUGUAUGUGGCCGGCGACUAUGUCAAGUGUGUGAAACGCCGGUCGUUGCCGGACAUAUCGGAGGAGAAACUGGAAAAGAUGUCGUCGGAAUCAGGGGGCGUUAUAUGUUUCUCCCAGAUAUCAAAUUCCGCCUUGGCGGGUGACGAUAAUCGGAGUACAGAAGAUUCCAACGAGGUGAAGAUGCCGGCACCGGAAUUCAUAUCGGAGACGGCUAAUUGCCUCCGGCUGGCUUUGGGAUUACAUCUGUUCAAUUUCGACAUGAUUAGGGAUGACAAGGGAAGUGGGUAUCUGGUGAUUGACAUCAAUUACUUCCCUGGUUAUGAGAAAUUGCCUUGUUAUGAGACUGUAAUGACCGAUUUCUUCUUGAAUCUGAUGAAAUCACACACGGUGAUGAAGAAGACGACGGUCGAGGGUGGGUCCCAGUGAUUUUGACCGACCAUCAGACCAAACCCGCUCUCGUUGUUUGAUGGUUUUUGCGUUUGUUCCACUCUGGUUUCAGACCCAGCUUAUUUGACUUUGAAUAAAAUAAUU